UUGCAACAAGCGAAUAGGUUGAAUCCGCUGGGUUACCAGAUUUCAACUAUUAUCGCCAACUUUGGCAAUGUUUACAUUCACCGGGUUCUCUCCGGAAGUGCUUCCGAUGCAUUUUUAAGCUAACAGAUUUCAAAGUUUUCAAUAUACUUUAGCUAUAAGUUAAUAGUGGCAGCAGUUCUUUUGGUACAUACACAUUCUGUAAGAUUGAUAAGUAAGAAAUUCUAAUAGAAUUCAUAUGUAACAAUUCAUAACCCCUAAUGAACAAUAAACAAUUGUAGUAUGAUAAUCUCCUUGUAGUGACUAGUGUGGAAAUAAAUUCUACAACUAGGUCGAAGUAACUGUUUAUUCUAUUUAUAAGACAAAUUAAGCCCUGACUGCAACCAACGAUUGAGAAAAUAAAAGCCAAGUCGCCAUGGAUGGUGAUAAAGAUGAAGAUUUUCUUUAUCAAGAUAUUAAGAUUUGUGAAUAUAUUAUGAAGAAGGAGGAAGAGGAAGGAGAGGAGAAAUGUUUUGAAGAAGAGGGGCAGGAGGAAGAGGAAGGAGAGGAGAAAUGUUUUGAAGAGGGCAGGAGGAAGAGGAAGGAGAGGAGAGAAAAUGUUUUGAAGAAGAGGGGCAGGAGGAAGAAGAUGUCUCUCUUAAAGAGGAGCCUGCCCUUCAAAUACAAUUGCACUGUAAAAAACCAACAAUUGUAAAAGUCUACAAUUUAGAUACGGCAUUAAAAUGCCGUAUUGUAAAAAUUGGAAGUAUGAAAAUUGAAGCAAAAUCUCCUCUCCUCUAUGUGCCAGUGUAUUUAGGAAGCAAUGGAAUAAUAAUAGAAGUGCCUACUCUUAAUAAUCCUAAAAAGUUAUUGAGUGUAGUCUUAACACCUAAAGACGUUGACUACACACUCAUCCACUUUGGAGAACAUUUAAACAUUGUAUUUAUAGUUACCAAAUCAAAAUUUGCUGAAUGUAUAAAACAUGAAUUGACAGAGGAUAAUUAUUUUUAUUUUGAUCCCAAUUCAAAAGAUCAAAAAUGUAAAUUUAUUAUAUUAUGGAUUGAUUCCAUAACAGAAAAUCAAGUGGAAUUCUUAAAAUACGGUUUUUCUGGAAAGACAAAUAUUAAAGAGAUAGAUCAGGAAACAGCCAGUGAAAUAUUAGUUAGGUCAACUCCUAGACAGGAACCUGUAAUCAAGUUUCCUCCUGAAGAACAAAUCACACAGAAAUCAUCAGGAUUUGAGAUUAUUAUUUAUCCGACCCCUCCACAAAUUGGCGGCAUUGUUGUAACUAGAAAAGACUUUGCCACUUUAAACGAAAAAGAAUAUCUAAAUGAUGUUAUUAUCGACUUUUAUUUGAAAUAUUUUUUAGAUCAACAUCCUGCUGAAAGUGAAAAAACUCAUUUAUUUAGUUCUUAUUUCUACUGCAGCCUGACGCAAAAAUCAAGCUUUGACAAUGGCCAGGAAAAGAUUCAACAUCACAACAGAGUCCAUAGAUGGACGAAGCACGUUGAUAUAUUUUCCAAAGAUUUCAUAAUAAUCCCCAUUAACCAAAAUAGACAUUGGUUCUUGGCAAUAAUUUGUUUUCCUGGUCAAGUUACAACUAAUAGUGAUGCCAAAGAAGAUAGUGAAGGUGAAGGAAAUUCUCAUACCCAAGAUGAAAAUUUAACAAAUGGGGCGAAUGUAGUAAAACCUAUGCCUAUGCCUGAGGCCCUAGAUAGCAGUACUCAUCCUGAUGAAAAUUAUGGCAAUCGACGCCUAGAAAUACCUUGUAUAUAUAUUUUUGACUCCUUAAGUGGACCCGAUAGACGGGAAGUUAUUACUACCUUGAGAGAGUAUUUAGAUAUAGAAUGGACCUUAAAAAAGGGGACUAGAAAAAGGUUUGAUGUCAGCACUAUUCAGGGUUAUAUAUUGCAAUGUCCCCAACAGAAAAAUAACCAUGACUGUGGUUUAUAUUUACUGCAGUAUGUUGAAAGCUUCUUUCAGAAUCCAAUUCCAUUUUAUCUGAAUUCUGUACCAGACUUAAAAAAUUGGUUUAAAGCAGAAGAUGUAUUAUUCAAAAGAUCGAAGAUUAAAGCACUUAUUUUGAAUCUUCAAAAGAAACAAUUAGAAAACACUGCUACAAUUUGCAAAGAAAGACAGUAAUAAAUUGUUCCUCUAUCUUUUGUGAUAGUGAUUUUGUUAUAAGUGAAUUAUUAGGUUAUUUCAUGAAGUGACUUAUAAAAUAAUAAUUCCAGUUGUAAAUAGUUAACUAAGUAAUAGUGCAUACAAAAUGUAAUUUAUACAAACACAAUAAAAUGAUUUGUUUCAACAGAGA